UUCUGGUUUUCUUUUCCCCAUCCGCUUGCGACCCCAGUUCUGCCUUCUCUUUUCCCGUCUCUUGGGUUCUUAUUUGUCAUUUCUCCUUCCCUGGUAUUCGGUGUCGGUCGAGAAAUGUAUUUCACUAUGGACUUAAUAUCGAGCGAGCAAGCAAGCAAGCAAGCGCGGGGUCAGAAAGCCACCAUCCGCAGCGGACCCAUGGCCCGUUUGGAACAGUGCGGGCGAGUUUCCGAUUCCCAGGGGUCGAUGGUAGCGGCCAUUGGCCACAUGUUUUUUAUCUAUUCUCCUGUUUCCACAACCUGUUUUGAUCCCCCACUUCGAUUCGGACAUAUUGUCUGUUUCUUUCCUCGACAGUUCGCAUGUGCCGUUUCCAAUAGUGUCGUCGGCCAGGAACAUGCUUCUCCCACCCCGUGCCAUGGCCGCGACGGCUCAAGAGGGCAUCGAUAUUCGUUCUCACGCCCCAUGUGGCACCCCACCUGCACGCAACCGACCGGCGUGUGGCAACAUGGCACAGGCCCUCCCAGUCAGUCGCAAGCCCAAGGUGGAGCGCAUCGACAUUUGAUUGUUUGCGAUGCUGCUCGCGUCCAGCGUUUGGGUGCGGUCCAGGGGUGCUGCGGCUACGCUACUCAACCGAGCCGUCUGGUAUUACUACGUUGUAUUUCGCUCGCUUGGGCGACCAGAAGGACAAUCACGCCGAACUAUUGGCAAGCCCCAUCAUGGCGCGCCGAAAGGCAUCACGCGAGAGCGAGGGGGAAGGAGUUGGCCAGGGGCGGACGCGACGCGACGACAUCGGUUCACGCGCCUCCCCGCUCGAAGCGGCAGAAGCUCCGUGAGUAUCAAUCUGCGACGGAUUCACCGUGGUGGGCGUAUAGGUUCAAGGUCAUACCUGGCGAUUGA